UUUCAUUUCAAAGAUGGCUACACUCUCGUUCGAUUACUUUUCGUUUCGUACGUUCCGCGACAAUAUAUUCUGGGUGUUCCAUAUCGAGUAAAGUUUUUUUUAUCAGUAUUUGCUUAGUUUGAACGAUUUUCGAUCUCAUUAAAUUGUGCCAUCAAUGACGUUUCGUUAGCCGAAAAAGAAGUUCCAGAAAAGUUUACGUUUCAUGAAUCGAUAAUUUUCUUCUGCGUAUGAGUUUUCGGAAGCAUCCUGCCGUCCGCAUAGGAUGGGGACAUACGGAAAUGUUCUUUUUUGCCAUCUACAUCAGUUCGUGCUGUGCAAAUGUUGAAGUUAAACGAGUAAUAGGCUUGGUGCUAGGUGAAUGGCACGGCCCCCUAAUGUGAGGGAAAAAAAUCAAGAAUAAUUUAGAUCCAGCGUCUUCCUGCUGUUUACAAAAACAGCUUCGUAGUGCAAUGUAAGAGUAACGUAUAAAGUUUUAUCGGUCCAACGUCUUCCGUUAGUAUUAAGGUAAAAAUAGUGCACAAAUAAUCAGUCUUCCAUAUUUUUGUGAUACAAGUAGUUAUUUAAAAUGAUGAAGAAGCUUUCGCCAGCGGAUAAAUUCCGUCGUCGAUUGGCUGCUAUGAAAAAAGCCAACAAAGAUAAAAUGAAUGAAAAAUUUUUCGAGCAUGAUAUUCGUUCCAACCAGGAUUCUAUCAGGGAUGGAGAAGAGCCAUCCGAUAGAAAGGAUGAUAUUGUAGAAGAAUGUACGGAAAUUACACCGGAUUCGUCGACGAAUCCGGAAGAAUUAGCACAACAGCAGCAAUCCACUGAAGCAUCCCUUGACAUUUCUUCCAAAUCCAAAUUGAAAUCGAUGGUUCACGUGAACCGAACUACAACAGGAGCAUCACCAUAUUCCUUAAAACGCAAAACCAUGGUUAAUAACAAGCGAAGGUUCUUGAAAAAACUACGCCGGCUUCAGCAACUGCACGUACACCAUCCCGCUGCUCUAUAUCUGCCAUCGCAGGAUGUAAUUGGCCACCUCUCUCCGGCGCUACACGGCAACGGCGGCAGAAACACGAAUCAGUGCUGCUGUCAAUGCGCAUGUUCGCUAAACAACAACCACCUUCAAAUGCUUCAGCAGCACCCUCAGCAGCAAAAGCGACAAAAUUAUCAGCAGCAGUCAGAGAACCAAGCCGUCUGCAGAAAAUCAUCCCCGCUAUCCGGUUCGGUUCUACAGGAAGCCUUUGCAGGUAGACCACAUCCCGCUGUACUUGGCAACAGUUCAGAAUCCAGAGAUAUAAACGCACAAGUGAACCUAUUCUCUCCUACUAACUAUUACGAACUUCACCAUCAACAACCAAAUCAACAACAACAAUUACAACACCACCAGUGCCAUCAAUAUUAUCAUCGUCAUCACCUGUCCCAACAUCAUCAACCACACGGGCGCCACCUGACGCAGUGUCUUCAAAGGUCAAAACCACGAGAGUCCUCCUUCCGGCCGCAAGCAGAGGCAACCGUGCCCUUCUGCAUGAAGGAGAUGCACAGUGUUGUGAGUGUCCGGGAAACUCACCACAUCGCACAGGCCCAGCAGGAAAAGAACGCCAAGCUACGGGAAGCUUUCGGCAUCUCGGAGUACUUCGUUGAGGGUACCAGUUUCGAUCAGGACCGGAAAUCGAAGGAGGACCAGGCCAAGGCGGAUGCAUUACAGAAGGAGAUUGCCGAGAAGGAACGUUCCCGUGAGACGGAGAAAGCAUCCCGAAAGCGAUAUGCUCUCGUGAGGACACCAUCGCCGGAGAAGCAAAUCACCGGUUCGGCGACAACGGUGGAAGCCAAUGGGAAAGGUCAUCACCGGAAGCGAGCGACACGUGAUGAAACCGAUCGCGAUGGAGGUGAUGAAAAGGACAGACGUAGAAAUGACGAUGACGAUGAUGGCCAUGCUGGACACAGAGAUGAUAAGAAAAAGCACAAGAAGAAGAAUCGUGACACGUCAUCCAGUCCUGAUCGCAAGAAGGAUAAGAAAAAGAAAUCCAAGAAAAACAAGAAAGAAAGAUCGAGGAAAAAACACUCAAAACGAUCGGAUCGUCAUCGGGGGGACGGUGGCAGUGAAGCACCAUCGGAUUCGGACUCAGACUCGGCCAGUUCCGGGGAGGACUCGGAGCACUCGGAACGUGACGACGAUACACGACGCAGGAAAAUAUCCCGCAAAGAUAAGAGGAAGAAAAAUACCAAAAAGAAGCGAGCAAAAUCACGCUCUCACUCGUGUGACAGUUCUCCUGUGAAGAGACCAGUUCAGAAUCAAGACAAGGGAACCAACAAGAAAGAUAAGGACCGUCGUGACGAAUCUAAUCGUGCUCGCGAUGACAGGAGAGACAAUGACGAUCGGGACGAUAGAAACAAUCGACAGAAACAACGUGAUCGUGACGAUCGCUACUCAAGAGAUGAAGGUCGUGAAAGAAGAAGUCGAUCAAGGAAUAGACGCACGAAUAGAUCGGUUGAGAAAAAUAGGUCAAGAUCUAGGUCUCGAUCACCACACAAAGAAAGGUCUCCCGUGACUGCAAAAGAGACGACGAAAGGACGACGUCAUAAAUCUCCGGAAAGGCGAAAUAAAAGCGUUGAAAAAACUAAAGAUAGAAAAAAGGGAAGAUCUCCUAAAAAAUUGGACGAUGACAAGCAAAAAAGUAAACAUAUGUCUAGAUCAAGAACCAGAUCGCCCAGUAAGAAACGGGAAGAGUUGAAAUCUAAAGAGAAGCGUCGAGAACGCUCACGGUCCAGAAGUUCAAUAAAUGAGGAAAGUAAUACGAAAGAGAAACGUAGACACCGUUCAAGAUCAACUAGCAGAAGCAGAGACGAUAGAAAACAACGAGAAACACGAAAUGAAAGAGAUAGAUCUAGUUCCAAAACAAAGCGCCGAUAUCAAUCGAAAGAUCGCAAAAAUAGAAGAUCUGUUUCACCAGCCGCUAGAAAACGUGACCGGAGUGUCAGUCCCAGAAAAAGACAAACUUCGCCAGUAAAAACUAAACCCAGACAGGACUCACCGGUCUCAAAAUCUUCCGGGCACAAAUCAAAAGAUCGCAGAGAUUCUAAACGAUCAGUUUCGCCGCCAGACAACAAAAGGAAAAGAGCUAGAAGUAACAGUCCGAAGAAAAAAUCCAGUCCUGUUCCGAAAUCGAAAAACAAAAACGAUUCGCCAGUUUCCAGGUCUUCAAGAAAAAAAUCGAAAGAUCGCUCAGAAUCCAGAAGAUCUAUCUCUCCGAACUACAAAAAACAAGACAGAAGUAUCAGUCCCAAGAAACGGCACAGCUCACCGGCAAAAGCUAGAACCAGACACGAGUCACCGGUAGCUCGAUCUUCUAGGAACAAAUCAAAAGAUCACAAAGACUCGAAAAAAUCUCUUUCACCGAUUAUUAGAAAACGGGACCGAAGCGUCACUCCCAAGAAAAAAGCCAGCCCUCCACCGAAAGCUCGAACCCGACAUCAUUCAGAUUCAGAAAGGUCCGUUUCGCCAAAGUACAGGAAACGAGAUAGGAGCAUCACUCCCAAGAAAAAGCCGAGUUUACCCGAAAAACCAAAAACUCGGGUAAAAUCACCAGUUUCUAGAUCUUCCAAGAAGAAGUCCCCAAGCCCAUCACUUGCUCGGAAAGAACAACGGCAGUCCUCCAGAGAACGUAACAGACCACGAUCGAAAUCACCAUCGAAAAACAAAGAAAGCCGACAUGCGAGCAGCAACCGCAAGCAACGAUCCAAAUCUCCGGCUAGCAAUCGUGAAGAUCGUUCGAAAUCUUCUCCCAAGAAGCAAAAACCCCGAUCGAAGUCCCCUGUUUUUACAAAACCGAAACGUUCUCGGUCUACUGAGAAAGUUAGAAAACCAACUCCUAACCUUCCUGCCUCUAAGCAGCAGGAAAGUCGUGCGAAAUCUCCGGCUGGUUACAAACAGCGUCGAUCACGGUCAAAUGACACGGAUUCCAAAACGAAUCGCUCUAGAUCACCAGUAAAUAAACGGAAGCAACGUUCAAAGUCUCCACAUGAUAAGAAAUUGACUCUCACGCCAAGCCCGGAGAAACCUUCGCGAGUUCAUAGGACCCCUCCUGCCGAUAGCUAUCAGUCUGCAACACCGAACAGAACCGAACAAAUCAAACCCAAUCGAAAUCGAUCAGUGUCCAGAGAUUCUUCCGAUUCGGCGUCAUCCGACCUCAGCUAUUCACCUGCACAACGAGAUCCCGAGCGAUACCGUGAUAUACUCGAUAAGGCAACAAGGACAACCAAUCAGACAACAUCUCGAUCGCAGUCUAAGGACAUGUGUCAAACUUCAACUUCACCUAGAUCUUCGCCACCAGAUGUAAGAUCGAAGAAAAAUAGUCCCGUACCAGCGCAUUCACCGAAGCACCGUCACGAUCCUUCGCGUUCAACUCAAUCUUCAAAGUAUACUUCCAGAUCACGGUCACAGUCUCCAUCGAAAACGCGAUGUUACGGAACCCCUCCCUUGACGGAAUCAUCGACCAGUAAGAAACUGGAGCAACGUUCCCGAUCGCCUGCUACAAAAAAGCGUACAGAACGCACCCCGCCCUCUCCUGUACGAUCCAGAGCUAGUGACUUUAAGCGUUCACCUCCGAAACAAGUCGUUGAAGUGGUCACUGAAACUCACAAAACAACAGCUCAGAGUUACGAUCAACCGACGAAAACACCUCCUAGACGAACUAAAAGUCCUUCUCCGAAGCAAACGAAGAGUCCGUCUCCAAAACGGUCAGUUCCAACGUUGAACGAAAAACUUAAACAUAGUAAGAAACCGAAGAAAAAGCAACCACAGGUAGUUCAACCGGUUGUAAAACUUCAAUCCCCGGCAUCAUCGUCAUCCGAAUCGGAUGCCGAGUCAGUAGACCAAUCUGGAAGGUCCAACAAAAAAGACAGAAACGAUCAUUUGGAUGCAUUUUUACCGUCCUACAGUGACAACCGUGAAGAUAAGGACCUAUCUUUACUGAAAGCACUGAAGAAUGAUUUGGCCGCCAAAGCCAAACAGUGUCUAGAAAAGAAGAAAUCCGUUUCGGAGCAAUCCGGUAAAGGCGAUCCGUCUGAGGUAGGUCCACCACGGCUAGGCGAAAGUCGAGAACGAAGCAUUCAGAUUCAGCAGGCAAAAACGACAGCUACUAUCGCUGCCCUUAACACAGGAACUGUGGUUGGUCCAAAAGGAAUCGAGUUCAGCACAGAAUCUCCGGAGGAGAUCAACCGAAAGAAAGAAAUAUCAGUCAGCAGCGAACCGACGGGUAUUAGUACGAGUCAGAUGAAGAAGGAUAUUCAUGACAUUCUGACUACUGUCGGUGCCUGCCGAAUGGAUGACAGCAAAAGUGACAGUACAUCUGGUAGUCUGGCUAAAAGUACAAUUCUGAGUGCAGUGGACAGUAUUCUGAAGGAGAAAAUAUCUGGCGCCGCAAUGGAGGUUGUAGAUUCACGAAAGUCCCGCAGUACAUCAAAGUCACGGUCGAGAUCCCGAUCCAGAUCCCACAGAUCGCGUAGCUACAGCAGCUCCAGUUCCAGUUCACGCAGCUCUCGUUCUCGUAGCCGUUCGUCUCGAUCACGCUCACGGUCCAGUCGCGAUAGCAGCCAUUCUAGGUCACACAGCAGUACUUCCCGGUCCCGAUCCCGAACACCACCAGUGCGACGUUCUCGAUCACCCUCAAUUCCACGCCGCGCCGGCUCGCCAAGCUUCCUAGAUAGACGCAGAAUUACCAGUGCUCGGAAGCGCCCAAUACCAUAUCGCCGAUCUUCUAUGUCGUCGCAAUCGAGCGGCAGCAGUUACAACAGCCACAGCCGCUCACGAUCCAGAAGUCACAGUAAAAGUGGUUAGUGGGUAGUUUGUUAAAAUUCAUGAUCACUCUGUUACCAUUUUGUCAAUAGAAAAAAAACUAAAUACUCUAAAACAAGAAAGUGACUCUAAAAAUCAAAAACAAUCAAAUGAAAGCAAGUACUUCAAACCGAUGUUGAUAUUAUUGAAAUAACUGGCACUAAUAAAUGAAAUAUUCUUAUAAUAAUUGAUCGUAUCCGCAAGGUGCAUUUACCCCUAAUUUUUCAGCAAUAACCGAAUACUACAUAUAUGUAACGUUGAGUUAGUAGACAACCUGAACUGGUUAGCAAAUUUAUCUAUAUUCCACAUGAUCUAGUCACUACUGAGGUGCAAUUAACCCAUUUAAAAUACCGACUUUCGUAGCAUAACUCUUUCCAACGUCUAAUUUAUUUAAUUUAUUGAAUUAUUUAUAACAAUUUAUUUAUCAUAUCAUGCAUUUUUAGACUAACCCAAGAAAUAAGUUUUCAAUGGUCAAUACAAUGUGAUUAACAAUGUACUAGUAA